AUACUCUCACACUUAUAUAGCUCCCAAUGGGAAAAAAAAUUGUACAAACUGUGGUCUCUUUUUAAGAAAAGCUGAAAAAGCAAGUACAAACACAAUCAUCUCUCUCUCUUUCUCCAGAGUAGCCACAACACAGAGCUGUCUGCAGUCCGAGGGAGGAAAGACCACAAACAUUUCAAAAGGAAAUGGGAAAUUUACUUAGCAAAUUAGAUAAUUGCAAACUUUCUUAAACUCGGUGCUGUGAUUCCACUUGAGGGUCUGACUGGGCUGUUGUGCAUCAAUUAAACCGAUUAGCAGCACUUUCAACCCGCAAUUAGUUCAACUAAAUCUCAAGAGAUUGAGAGAGUCAAGUAGAAUUUCCAUAAUUUCAAGCCCAGCCACAGAAACAUCACAAAUUGUGCUAUAAUGAGGGAGAAACAGAACCAUUUACAUGUCUUUGGGGCUGGAAGAGCUCUGUGUUGAGCAUCUCUCAAUGGAGAACCAAAUCUAAGCAUAUAUGAUAUAUAUAAUGUAACCCCCCCUCCACGAAAAGGAGCCCCAGCAACAUGAAAACCAUUGACAAACCCUUUAUCGAUGAGCUGAACAGAAUGCUCUUCAAUCGAACCCGUACUGCGAUGCUACCGAAGAAUGAGCGCUAUGAGGAGGAUCCAGACAAUGCCUGGAACUGCUGCUCCUGGUGCGAGUACUUGCUGAUCGUGAUCCUUUCCACCAUUCUGCUGGUGGGAGUCCUGGUGCUGACCCUCUUCUGGGUGAUGUUCUAUCGCGAUGGCUUCGCCUGGUCGGAGAGCCCCAAGCAGCAGUUCAAUCUGCAUCCCAUCCUGAUGAUUGCCGGUUUCGUCACGCUCUCUGGAUUUUCCAUCUUGAUCUAUCGCCUGUGCCGGUGCGUGAAGCAUAUCUAUGUGAAUCUGAUCCACAUGUUCUUUCACGCCAUUGCCAUUCCGUGCAUCGCCCUGGGUUUCCUCUCCGUCUUCGACUCCCACGAGGCGUUGCAAAAGGUGAACUUCUACAGCCUGCACUCUUGGCUGGGUUUCGUGACUAUGGGCAUGUUUGUGCUGCAGCUUGUGAUCGGAUUCUUCAGCUUUCUGGUGAUGCUCUGCUGUGAGAACAAGACCUACAGCUGCCGCUCCGCCAUGGUGCCUAUACACGCCAGUCUGGGUCUGGCCAACUUCUGGCUUGCCAUUGCCACAUCUGUGACGGGUCUCAUUGAGAAGGAGCGCGAGACGGUGGCCAAGACGAACGUCAGCGCCGAAAACAAGCUCAUUGAGCAUUACAUCACCAGUGCCAUUGGCAUCACUCUGAUCUUCAUCGGCAUCAUCGUCACCUUUGCGGUGCGACGGUCCAACGCUCCUGCCUCGGCCAAAGUCUACGUAACCGAACGCAUUUAGGAUGUCAGCUGCUCCCCAACUGGCCCCAGCCAACCACAGCCAGUGCAGGAAGAGCGUCUCAAACGGAAAAUGUAUCCAAGGAUUAUCUGUGGUUUCGUUGUGGAUUCAGAGCUUUGAACCAAUGUCGUCCUAUUGAAAGGCUUAGCACAAACAGAUCACGCUUCUGCAUACUCUUUCUAGACAUACCUGCUAUAACGUUUUAUAUGCCAAAUUGAAUUCCCUUCAUAUACAUAGACCACUCUACUGCGUAAAUCAAAAACUUUUCUCACCCUUCCAAUGGCAGUUUAAACUCCUAAGUAGAUUUGUAGGUUUAGGAAUCUCAAAGCAAUCGCAUUACCACUUGGUAGACAGUAAAAGUACCCGACCAGAUCGAAUCAGAACCGACCAAACGCAGGCAAAAAAUAAUCAAAAUUUAAGUGUUCAG